UGAAUCGCUUUAAAAUAGUAUAGUAUAGCACGACAGUCUAAUCUCAUAGGUCAAGUUCAUAAUGUGUUUAUGUACCUACUUUAUAUAGCAAAAUGUGAAAAAACCUCAGUGUACAUACCGCAUCGACGCGGCAAGGAGUUUAGAUAUCGUUACAGUUUUUUUACGCGUUUUCGAAAAUGUUUGCCGCGCUUUUCAUAUGUUUUUUAUUUGUGGCGUUUAGUGCAAGUGAUGAAAGUGAUCUUGGAUAUAGUCUGAGUAUAGGAAACGCUAUAAAUGUAUUUGCCAACUACGGCGACCUCUCCCAAGUAACACAAGUAAUCUCAGCGGAUUACGAUGACGAUGAAGAGGAUUUCCCAGAGCCCUUCAGCGAGAAGAACAUCAAAGUCUUCCUCAACGCGAGCAGUAAAGAAACGCCGGGCGAAGACAGGGUGGAAAUGAAUAUACUGCUGUGCGAGAAUUUUGAUGAACUGCUAGAUGGAUACUUUCAGAAUUUUCAAAUUGAGGGAACAGACAAACCCUGGAAAGCUUUCAUGGGAGACUGGAUCCAAGACGAAAUCAUGCGCACCCUAGGCAUAGACGUGGACAUAGUGCGUGACAACUGUUGUUACGUGCUGCUCAAGCUGUCAAGGGUCCACAAAACUGUUAAGAUCGACACCUUAGACCAUGUAGCUGUGAAGAGCUAUGUGGAGAAGGCAAUGAGUGCCAUGAAUGGUAGUGAUGUAGCGGAUAUAAGGAAGUUUAUGAGAAGUUAUGGGACGCAUUAUAUUGAUUCUUAUGUGACGGGGAAUUUUGUUUAUCAGGUGUUCAAGUUCAAAAGAUACGGGUACAAUAUGCUUCGCUCGUACGUGCGGGACGGGAAACACCAGACAAACAACUCAGACAGGCUGCGGUCUUACUUCGCGUCCAACUACCUCAGACAAGUGGGAGAUAUUAGGAUAGCAAGCGGCAACAAAACCAUAGAAGCCUGGGCGCGUCGGAACCUCCUGGACAGCCAAUACCUCUACUACCGGCCGAGUCUACUCCGAUUGUUCUAUAACAACGCUUUGAUUUUCGCGCUCAAUCGCAUGCUAGACGACGGCGCGUUACUAGGCCUGUCGCUGAAGACACUAGCGCCGCUGUUUAAGGACCAGGAGAAGAGAAAACGGUACUUGGAGGUGGUUGAGAAUGAUAUCAAACUGUGGGAGGUUAAUGCUUAAGUAGACCAACUAAAACCUUUUGAAACAAGCAUAGAAAAAGUAAGGACAGAGUACAUUUAGCAAUAUCGCUACUCGACACUAGAUGUCACUAGUUGCAACUGACGAAAAAUGUACAGCUCAACAGUUUACUAGGCAAUUUAGCGCCGCUGUUUAAGGACCAGGAGAAGAGAAAACGGUACUUGGUUGAAAAUGACAUCAAACUGUGGGAGGUUAAUGCUUAACGCAGCCACGACAUUGGUCUAACGCGACAGCGGUGAGCGGCAGCCAUACGUGCGAAUGAAAAGUCCCAUCGCUGUGUCUCGCUCCAAUGUAUGGCCGCCGCUCACCGCUGUCGCGCUUAGACCAUUGUCGUGGCUGAGCCGUAACGCUUAACCAUUUUUAGAUAGUGAAAUAUAGAACAUAUUUUUGGAAAGUUUGUGACCGCUGUGACAGACUAAUAAUAUAUCGUCCCAUAAGUCUGGAUCCUUAUGUUUCACGUUGAAUUCAUACGGAAUAAUAUAUGUGAAACAUAGCAAAUAUAUCCCAUAAAGCGCCAGUAGCGCCAAUAUACUUCAGCGGCCCAAUAUGCAACUUCAUUUUAUAAUAAACUACGGGGGGUCAUUUCGGCUGGCAGGUAAUUUCAACUAAUCGUUUCUUCCUUGUUUUACCAUUUUUACACUAUUGACCAGUGUCUACUGGUCACAUAAUUAUGACUAGCGUGUUCAGGGAACACAUAUGGCACUCAAGUUAACAGCGAGACAUAGAAAAUAUUUUGAUUAUUCCAAAUUACCCGCCAGUUGAAAUUCACGAAAUUGUCCCCCUGUACAGUUGCAUUUUUUGUUUGUGCCAAAACUAAGAAACUUUCUAUUAUUAAUAAGCACUGUAUGAACAUUUAGCGUUCAUUGCCAGUGAUUUAUUUUGAAAAUAACAAUUUAUUCCUAAGGCCGUUUUCACAUUAUCCGAUCCGAUAUCGGAAGGAUUUCAAUGAAAAAAAUCCAAGAUGGCGUCUGUAAUGUAUGGGAUAUCGGUCCGACAUCCGAUAUCGGAUCGGAUAAUGUGAACACGCACUAAAAGUCUUUCGGGUAUAUUUAUAUUGUUUUAAAACCUUGUAUGUGUGUUGUGUGAGAUUUUAGAAAUAAAUUGUCAUUUAUUGUUUUAAGUGUAAGCAGUAUUGUAAAUAAAAUUAUUUUUUUAAUUGAUAUACGUUUUAUUUCAAUUAAGUAUAAAUUAAGCUCAGAGUAUUUCAUUAGAAAUUAGUAUAGCUAUUUGUUUUUUUUAGCCCCCUGCCAAUUAAAUUCAUUAUAUAAAGUAGUGUUAUAAUUCAUUACGCCAGUUUCCGUUCACAUUUAGUUUUCGUCCACACUUAUUUUUUAAACAUUAUGUUUGC